GAAGCUGGAAUAACUUCAGGUCAAGGUACCCUUUUGCCCACUUUACUGGAAUUCAUCGAAGGCACCCGAGUCUACCUGGAAUCAUUGAACGAACCUUCUGCGAUGGUGGUAACUAUGUUCAGUAGCAGCACCGCCACUGCCACCACCGCGUUUGGCGUCGGACACGGUGGACCUGCCGCCGUUGUGGCUCCCUCCACCUCAGUUACCGCUGUGACUGCCCCCUCCCUCCCAUCUGCUACUACCGCCGCGGUAGCCACAUCCAUGAGCUCUCCAGUCGGUACGUCUCCUGGCAGUGGACUAAUGGUCGGAGCAGUCGCGACUUGCGGUGUAUCUGGUGCACCAGCCUCCACUGUUGUUGGUGGCGCUAGCGGUGGUGCCGGCGGGAGUGGCAGCGGCAGCGGAGGUAUCGGAGCUGGUGGCGGACCUGCGGGUGUGAGUGGGGGUUCUGUGCAGAAUCCUUCAGUGGCUGCUGCUGCCACCACACCCUCAGCAACUGCUGCUGCCUCUGCAGCACCUGCGCAUGCGCCUACGGGGGUGGAUCCAAUGGUGCUGACUGAGAUGAGGCUUUACUUUUGUGUUUUUAUAAGGGAUCUCAUUCGGCACUUGCCACGUGAGCGUAGACAGCGACUCUUGCCUCCUGCGACUCGACGCAAUCUUGUUCUCCUCAUUGCACGCUGGAGUGGCUUUUACGAGCAUAUACAUAACAAUAGGUUUACAGACAUCCCCGCGACAUGGAGUAGCGCUCGUUUAUUUUUGACCGGCGUCAAAGUUCCUUUUCUACGUUCUCUUGAUUGGCACAGUAUCAGUUGUCACUAA